AAAGAUUUAAAUAAAAAUCAAAUUUUUAUCAGGAAUGGCAGCUAAUAAGUUUUGGAAAAAGACAGAAGUAAUUUUAUUUAUUGAAUUAUAAGUUAUCAAAUUUGGAAUAAUAAGUUGGUGUUGCUUUGACUUAAAUUGAGUAAUCACUAGCUGAUGCUAAGAAUCUUAAACUUUCAUCAGUAGUUGAUUAUACUGCUAAAAUUAAUGCCAAAAAACAAGUUUAUUUGGUAUACAUUCCUCAUCCAUGCUUAUCCGUUUUCAAUAAAGUUAGGUACUCUAAAGAUCAAAAUAAAAUAGCUCAAAAUUAUUACCAGAAUUAGAAAAAAGACUUAAAGCCACAAUUCUUGUUGUUGCUAAAAGAACAAUUGAAAGUAAAUGGGUCAAAAGUCACAGAUCAUAAACAAGACCAAAUUCAAGAACACUCACCUCAGUAUAUGAUGCAAUCCUUGAAGAUCUUGUUGCACCAACUUUCAUAUUAGGAAGAAGAACAAGAGUUAGAGUUGAUGGCUCUAAAUUCUAUAGAGUGUAUAUACUAUAAAAUUUAUUUUAGCUUCUUGGAUGAAUAAGACAAAGCAGAAUUAGAGCCUAGACUUGAUGCUGUCAAAGCUGUCUAUAAAUUGUUAACAACUAGAGAUUUAGAAUUUGAAUUCAGAAGAGAUGAUAUUUUCUAUUCAAAAAGAGGUGCAAGCAAGAAAGUUUAAAGAAAAUAAUGAGCAAUAAUAUUUUAGUACAAUACAAUAAAUACAUAAAAUAAC